AAGCUAAGCUAGGCUAAGCGUUGCGGUGAUAAUGAUGAUGAAUAUUGAUCAGUAAUGUGAUUGAUCGGCUGUACUGUUGAUCGAUAUCAGUGUAUAUAGGUUUAUAGUGUGUAAAUGUGUGUGAGGUGUAGCGGGAACAGCGCGGUUUCCUCUGUUUAAGGCUCUGUUUAAUGUUUGCUGGGCUGUAGGCCGGACCGGGCUAAUGGAGAUAAGCUAGGCUAGCAGCUCCGGCAAGGCGGCCCAAUAAACCGGCUGAGUAUCGCGAUACUCGAUACACGAUACAGAUCACGAUAAUCCAUAUGUUUAAAACAAACACAAUAUUUACAAAGAAUAAAUUAGGCAAAACUGUGAAAUUACCUUUAGUUCAAAGUUAGAUCAAGUUGAAACAGUUUGUCAUUUUGCACAAUAAGAAAACAAUUUUCCACAUACAAUUAGGUUAAAUUCUUUCUUUGCUCAUUGACAAGAAUGCCAAAAAAAUACUUUACCAAAUUCCUGGUAAAUUUAUUUUAAAUUUAUUACGUAUCAUGUAUCACUGUAAUUUUGCAGUAUAUAUAUAUUUUUUAUAAAUGAAUAGCUAGAAUUCCACUGCUGAUGUAAAAGUGUGAUUUGAAUUGCAUUACUGAGGUGAGUUUAAACAAAAAAAAUGAAUACUGAGGUAAUUGUAUUAUUGGAAUAGCAAUUUGACUAAAGUAGCUCCACUUAGGUAAGUUUAUGACUAUAAUUGCACUGGUGUAAUGUGUAAUCAUAUGUAAAUGUAUGAUAAAAAUUAAAAUACUGAGGUAAAUUUAUGAUUUUCAUAGCUCUUCUGAGGUAAAUGUGUGACUAGAAUUGCACUACUGAGGUAAAUGUAUGACUAGAGUAGCACUACUGAGGUUAAUUAUGAUUUGAAUAGCUCUUCUGAGGAAAAUCUAUGGCUAGAAUUGCACUGCUGAGGUAAAUUAAUGAGUGUAACUACACUACUAAUGUAAAUGUAUGAUUUUGAUGAGCUCUUUUGAGGAAAAAGUAUGACUAAAUUUGCACUGCUGAGGUAAAUUUGACUAGAAUAGCAAUUCUGAGGUAAACUUAUGACUAGUGUAGCUCCACUUAAAUAAAUGUAUGAUAUGAAGAUAUAUCUUCUGAGGUAAAUGUGUGACUAGAGUAGCUCCACUGAGAUAAAUGUAUGACUAAAAUUACACUACUGAGGUAAAUUAUGAUUUGAAUAACUCUUUUAAGGCAAAUGUAUGACUAGAAUUGCACGACUGAUGUAAAUGUAUGACUAGAAUUGCACUAAUGAGGUAAAUGUGUGACUAGAAUAGCAAUUCUGAGGUAAAUAUGAUUUUGAUACUUCUACUGAAGAAAAUGUAUGACUAGAAUUGCACUACUGAGGUAAAUAUAUGACUAGAAUUGCACUACUGAGGUAAAUGUAUGACUAGAAUUGCAUUAAUGAGGUAAAUGUGUGACUAGAAUAGCAAUUCUGAGGUAAAUAUGAUUCUCAUACUUAUGCUGAAGAAAAUGUAUGACUAGAAUUGCACUACAGAGGUAAAUGUAUGACUAGAAUUGCACUACUGAGGUAAAUGUAUGACUAGAAUUGCAUUAAUGAGGUAAAUGUGUGACUAGAAUAGCAAUUCUGAGGUAAAUAUGAUUUUGAUACUUCUACUGAAGAAAAUGUAUGACUAGAAUUGCACUACGAGGUAAAUGUAUGACUAGAAGUGCACAACUGAGGUAAAUUUAUGUCUAGAAUUGCACUACUGUGGUAAAUGUACCUUAGUGUCUCUCUGUUAUGAAAAUCGUCUUAAGCAAACAUUAAACAGAGUUUGUGACUGUGCUCAGAGGAAACCGUGAUUGAGGGCGGGGUCUGUUUGGGCUGUAAUGGAUUCUGAACCGUGGGCUAAAGUGUUUAAAGUGAGUUGAAUGAAGGGAGGGAUGUUGUAUUUCGCUGAGAUCUCGGUGUGUAAGAUGAACUGGGCCGUGUGAAUGCCGUAAUGUGUCUGUGUGUGAGAGAGAGUGCUGAGAUGAAUUCAUUGCUUCCCGUACAUGUGUUUCAUACAGACUGAACAAUUGUGGCCCCUUUAUUCUAUUCAUUAAGGUUCAGUGUAUCUAUGCCAGCCUACAUCACUCUGCAAGGGAGUUGCAGAAAAGCCUCAUGUUCAUCGAGCCGAGAUGAAUCUCGACAGAGGGUGAAGUUUACAGACGAGCGAGUAUGCAAAUCUCACCUGCUCAACUGCUGCCCUCACGACAUCCUCUCAGGAACGAGGAUGGACCUGGGCGAGUGCUCUAAGAUCCAUGACCUGGCUCUGCGGGCGGAUUAUGAGAUCGCCUCUAAAGAGCGGGACCUGUUCUUCGAGCUGGACGCGGUGGAUCAUCUGGAGUCGUUUAUCGCUGAUUGUGAUCGCAGAACUGAACUGGCUAAGAAGCGCCUCGCCGAGACGCAGGAGGAGAUCAGCGCUGAGGUCGCUGCCAAGGCGGAGAAAGUGCACGAGCUGAACGAGGAGAUCGGUAAGCUGCUGGCGAAGGCGGAGCAGCUGGGAGCCGAGGGAAAUGUAGACGAAGCUCAGAAGAUCCUACAGGAAGUGGAGAAAGUUCGCAGUAGAAAGAAGGACGCCGAGGAGGAGUACAGGAACUCGAUGCCAGCCUCCAGUUUCCAGCAGCAGAAGCUUCGCGUGUGUGAGGUCUGCUCCGCCUACCUGGGUCUCCAUGACAACGACCGUCGCCUCGCCGACCACUUCGGCGGGAAACUGCACUUGGGCUUCAUUCAGAUCCGGGAGAAGCUGGAGCAGCUGAAGAAAACAGUGCUGGAUAAGCAGGAGAGGCGCAAUCAGGAGCGCCUAAAGCGACGAGAGGAGCGAGAGCGUGAGGAGAGGAUGAGGAGGAGAACCAGAUCACGCAGUCGAGAACGCAAGAGGUCUCGCUCUCGUGAUCGUGAACGCGAUCGUGAGCGCGAGAGAGAGCGCGAGCGUGAGCGUGAACGAGACCGCGAGAGGGAGAGGAGGCGGAGGAGAUCUCGCUCAGCUUCGCGUGAGAAACGCCGCUCACGCUCGCGCUCCCGAGAUCGACGCCGGAGACACCGCUCACGCUCCAGAUCCCGCUCACGCCACAGCAGAGAACACUCACACAAGUCGUCGAGGGAUCGUGAGCGUGAACGCUCUCGUGAGCGUGACGGUCGCCGCGGUUCGUCCGAGCGCAGGUCUGACGGUGUGAACGGGAGGGCGGAGUCUCGUCGCUCGGGCGACAGAGAGGCGGGAGAGCUCUGAGCUCGGUUCUCCUGCAGCACACUUCAGUUCUGAUGGAAACGCAGACUUUUAGCCUGAUCCCCUUUAGCUGCCCGAACACAACCUCUGACCAACACUCACAGCCUGUUUCUCCUCAUUUCCUCUUUUAUUUUAAAUGAAAUCCCUUUAUUUUAUCUUUAGCCGCUGUUCCCGUCUCCCCCUGCAGCACAGUCCCGGUGUUUCUGCUCCUCUCAGAUCUGGAUUAGUGUUCAGUAUAUCAGUGUUUCUGUGGAUCAGGCCGUGUGAAGCGUGAUCUCCAGCCCUCUCUCAGAGAGCUGCUCUACCUUCCUGCAGGUUUACACUCCAGCCCAAAUCUAACACUCCCAUUCAGCCAAUCAGCGGCUUCGGAUGGAGCUGAUUGGUUGGGUCAAGUGGGAUUGGGAUUAGUGGGGUUGGAUUUUAAGCCCGAGGAAAGUACGUAGCUCUCCAGGAGAGGCUGAUAUUUGAUUGUACAGUGAUUUAGAUCGGAUUUGCAUGUCUGAACACCACAAAUUUGUAUCUGCCAUGGGUGCUGUGGUGAUUAGUGAUUAGACUCAGAUGUAUCUGAACAAAUCUGAUUUAUAAUCAGAUUUCAAACCACCUCCAAAUAGGAUUCAGAUCUGAUGAACAAACUAAUUAGAAUAUAUUUCAUGUGGUUUCAGGUUGACCAUCUUACAAAACAUCAAUCUGGAUUAGUCUUCAUAUAGCAACAAUCCGUUUUUAUGUGAUUUCUUAAUGUCCAGAUUGUCAAAAAUAAAUCGGGAUACUAAGUACAUAUGCCAAAAUCCAAUUUGGCUGCACAUAAUAUCAAAAUUAAACCUGGAUACAAUCUAAACGCAGCAAAAAUCCAUUUUCAUGAGAUUUCUGGAUAUCCACACUAUCAAAAAUCAAUCUGGAUUAGGUUUCAUGUUUCAUUUUCAUUUUUUUUGUGAUAUCUGGAUGUUUAGAUUGUCAAACAUGAAAUGAGACUCUGUGUACCCAUGCUAAAAUCCUAUUUCAUGUGGUUUCUGGCUGCACAAAAUAUUUUUAAAAAAAUCUGGAUGCAAUCUAGAUGCAGCAAAAAUCCAAUUUCAUGAGAUAUCUGGAUAUACAGACCAUCAAAUAUCAAUCUGGAUUAGUCUUCAUAUAUCAACAAUCCGUUUUCAUGUGAUUUAUUAAUGUCCAGGUUGUCACAAAUCAAUCAGGAUACUAGAUAACUAUGCUAAAAUCCUAUUUCAUGUAUUUUCUGUAUGUCCAGACUAUAUCAAACAUUAAUCUGGAUUGAGUCUAGAUCUGGUAAAAAUCUGAUUUGGGCUGGGUCUGAACACUUUGGGCUUGGAGAUCACCACUCUACACUGAGCACUGAACUGCAGAACUGUAGGUAAAGGGAAUUAAGAGUGCUGAGCUAGCCGUCGUUCGGUCGCAUUACAGUCUUUAUAGUGUUUAGUAUUUGGGGGUAAACGGCUGCAUUUACAGAAUUCGCCACGUUUUCAGCCAAUUAUUCUGUUUACUAUGUUCAUUUCUUUUAUUUUAGUUUUGUUCCCCCUUUUUAUGUUGAUCUGUUUAGACGGUGGAGCUCUUUACCGUGUACCUGUACUGUUUCGUAGAGUGUGUGAGUGCGAGUGUGUAAGAGAGUGUGUGUGAGGUGGCUCAGGCUUUAUUUAAAGCUGCUCUGAGGUCAGUUUGACAGCCCGUGAAUGUGUGUGUGGGUGUAUGAGUGUGUGUGUGUGUGAGUGUGUAAAUAAACGUAGCUGCACGUUCUCCUCCCUAAACAGACAGGAAGAAGUCCUGCUGUCUCCUCCAGUAGCAGAAGACCAGGCUAGAGAUCAGUAACGCCGAGUGAGUGAGUGAUUCAUGGCCGAGUCCAGUUCUCUGAUGGUUUAUUCUUUCAGGUCUCAGAUGUUCCUGUUCUUUUAUAAUGCAGUUAUGAUUCAUGUUGUCCUAAUCUAACUCAUUAAAUGGAUUUUAUGAACUUGAA